GCUUGAGAUGUUUAUUUGCAGUUAACCAUAUUAACCCUACAUCAAACUAUUUUGCUGUGAGGUUCCAGUUUGCAUUAUUAUACUGCGGAUAUCACCAAGAUCCUAGGUGCUGAAUUAUACUCAAUUCUGUGUUACUACGCCUGUGACACGUAUUGAUUCUUCUAAAAAAACAGCUAGUAUUUUUCUUGAAAUUAUCAAUAUUCCUUCACUGGAGGCAGUUUGUCGAUCCUGUGUUUGCUGCAACAGUUUUGAAAUUCGUGUGAUGUGGCCUCUUCAGCUUUUGAUCCUGGUUCUUCUGAGCUGUAAUUACCAGAGUUUAGAAGCUGCAUGUGCUGACAACGAGUAUAUGAAAGAUGGCAGAUGCUGCAAACUGUGUAAUCCUGGAAGCAAACUAUCCGCCGAAUGCACUGAGCAGGAUGAAACCAAAUGCUUGAAGUGUGAGCCAGGGGAAUUCCAAAGUAACUGGAACAAGGAAGCUUAUUGCCAUCAGCACAGCUACUGCGACCAUAAUGCUGGUCUUGAACAGGAGAGCGAGGGCACUACAGAAAAGGACGCACUAUGCAAAUGUCAAAGCGGGAGACAUUGCUCCAGUCGGUUAUGUGAAACUUGUGUGCUUAACACAGCUUGUGCCCCUGGACAUGGGGUCAUUGUGGAAGCUAAAAUGUAUUCAGACACACAGUGUUCACCAUGUACACAUGGAACAUUCUCUAAUGUGACAUCUGAUACCAAACCAUGCCAAGAAUGGACCAGAUGUGAUACCAAACAGAAAGAAGUGAGUCCUGGGACCAGUACUAGUGAUGUCAUAUGUGAGCCCAUGUCCGGAAACAACACUAUAAUUUACAUUGUUGCUGUCCUCUGUCUGCUGCUUACAAUCGGCAUUUUGUACGGCAUAUGGAGAUAUCGAAAGAAGAUUAAGAACAAAAUGGAAACUGAACAGAUUGCAAUUCACCACAGAGAGGUUCUCUUGGACGACGAGAGAAAGAACAAUGUCCCAGUGGAAGAUCAGGAUCCGGUGCAGGAAACCAUAGUACAGGGGAAGCCAGUGGCGCAGGAGCAGGGGAAGGACUGUCGCAUUUCACAAGAAGAGGUGUAAAGGCUGCGGAGAAAGCAUUAUGGGACAGUAGAUUUCUAAAAAGAACAUGCAAAGUGACCUUGAUUGUAGGAAGCCGUCAGAUCUUUACUAUGAGAACCCUCAGAAAUGCUGCCAUGUUUUCCUGCAACUACAUGUCAGUUUCCUUACCGUCGCCAUUUAAAUAAUCAUUAUAGGUGACUGAAGUACAAGCGAUAUUACAUUUGAAAUGUUAACUUUCA